AUGGAGAAGGGGACUAACUGCUUUCCGACCUGCCACACCGUUUUCCUCGCCUGGACAUGGCUCUUACUUCUCUCCUGGUGUUGCACCGGCGCCGAAAUAACUUGCAGAUCCUGCUCGUCUCCAUCGCCCUCCUGGCCGUCCUCCUCGUCUCGCCUUAGGCAGGAACAGCGACAGCCACCGCCGCCAGCGCCGCGGGGAUUACGGAGCUGGCCGGGCGGCCGUGCGCGGAGUUCCACCGGGGAGGUGGCGACUGCGGAACCGCUGCCGGCUGGGGAACCGGGGGGCCGCCCGGGGCCGCGGGGUGCGGAGUUCCUUUCAGUUGGGGCGGGCGGCGGAGCGGCCGGGAGCCGGGGUUCGGCAGCCCCACGAAGCAGGAGGAGCAGCGAAGGGCGCCCGGCGGAGGGCGGCGGUCGCGGAGUGCCCGCGACCGAGGGGCAGCGCAGCACCAGGGCUCAGCCCCGCGCUCCGCCGGAGGAGGGGAGAGCGGCGCGGCUGCGGGGGGCUGAGGAGCUCCGGCUGGGCAGCACUACCUUCGCGCUCACCGGGGAUGCUGCGCACAACCAAGCUAUGGUGCACUGGUCCGGGCACAACAGCAGCGUGAUACUCAUUCUGACAAAGCUCUAUGACUUCAAUUUGGGAAGUGUUACUGAAAGCUCACUGUGGAGGUCAACAGACUACGGCACUACCUACGAAAAGCUAAAUGACAAAGUAGGCCUGAAGACUGUGCUGAGCUACUUUUAUGUAUGUCCCACUAACAAGAGGAAGAUCAUGCUUCUCAGUGAUCCAGACAUUGAGAGCAGCAUUCUCAUCAGCUCUGAUGAAGGAGCUACAUACCAGAAGUACCGUCUGAACUUCUAUAUCCAAAGUCUGCUCUUUCACCCCAAGCAGGAGGAGUGGAUCCUGGCCUACAGUCUGGAUCAAAAGCUGUACAGUUCUACUGACUUUGGAAGAAAAUGGCAGCUCAUGCAUGAGAGAGUCACUCCAAGCAGAUUUUACUGGUCUGUGAUGGGUUUGGAUAAAGAACCAGACCUUGUACACAUGGAAGCCCGGACAGCUGAUGGACACACCCACUAUUUGACCUGUCGGAUCCAGGAGUGCUCAGAGACCAAAAGGAGUGGGCCAUUUUCACGCUCCAUUGACAUCAACUCCCUUGUUGUUCAGGAUGAAUAUAUCUUUAUCCAGGUGACAGCUGGUGGAAGAGCAAAUUACUAUGUGUCAUACAGACGGGAGCCUUUUGCACAGAUUAAAUUGCCCAAAUACUCUCUUCCUAAGGACAUGCAUAUUAUAAGCACAGCUGAGAAUCAGGUAUUUGCAGCUGUUCAAGAGUGGAACCAGAAUGAUACAUACAACCUGUAUGUUUCGGACACCCGAGGGGUUUACUUCACUCUGGCCUUGGAAAAUGUGAAAAGCAAUAGAGGACUGGAGGGGAAUGUCAUGAUUGACCUUUAUGAGGUAGCAGGGAUCAAAGGCAUAUUCCUGGCUAACAAAAAGAUAGAUGACCAAGUCAAGACAUUCAUUACCUACAACAAGGGCAGAGACUGGCGUUUGCUGAAGGCACCAGACACCAAUCUGCGAGGCGAUCCUGUAGUUUGCCAGCUGCCCUUUUGCUCGUUGCACUUGCAUCUGCAACUCUCAGAGAAUCCAUAUACUUCAGGAAGCAUUUCCAGUAAGGAAACAGCCCCUGGGCUGAUGGUGGCAGCAGGCAAUAUUGGCUCUGAGCUUUCCUACACUGAUGUUGGCAUGUUCAUCUCUUCUGAUGGUGGGAAUUCCUGGAGGCAGAUCUUCGAGGAGGAGUAUAACGUGUGGUUUCUGGACUGGGGAGGGGCACUAGUGGCUCUGAAACACACAUCAACGCCCAUCCGACACUUGUGGGUGAGUUUUGAUGAGGGAAGAUCCUGGAGUAAAUACAGUUUCACAUCAACACCUCUUUUUGUGGAUGGAUCCCUUGUAGAUCCUGGCAUAGAGACUCAGAUAAUGACAAUUUUUGGGCACUUCAGUCUCCGUUCUGAAUGGCAGCUGGUCAAGGUGGAUUACAAGCCUAUCUUCAGCCGGAAGUGUAACAAAGAUGACUACCAAACCUGGCAUUUGCACAAUCAGGGGGAACCUUGUGUCAUGGGAGAGAGGAAGAUCUAUAAAAAACGCAAGCCUGGAUCUCAAUGUUCCCUGGGUCGAGACUAUUCCCAAACUGUGGUGUCUGAACCCUGUAUCUGUGGUCAAGGGGACUUUGAAUGUGACUACGGCUAUGAGAGGUACAACAACAACCAGUGUAUCCCAGCCUUCUGGUUCAGUCCAUCCUCCCUAUCCAAGGACUGCAGCAUUGGUCAAAGCUAUCUGAACAGCACUGGAUACCGAAGAAUUGUGUCCAACAACUGCACAGAUGGCUUGCGGGAGAAGUAUAAGGCCAAGAUGGAGAAGUGCCCUGGAAAAGCACCUCGAGGACUGCACAUCGUCACCAGCGAUGGAAAGUUGGUCACCGAGCAGGGGCACAAUGCCACCUUCAUCAUCCUUAUGGAAGAGGGUGAUCUCCAGAGGACAAAUAUUCAACUUGAUUUUGGGGAUGGCAUCGCGGUAUCCUAUGCAAAUUUCAGCCCUGUUGAGGAUGGCAUCCGGCAUGUAUAUAAGAGUGCUGGAAUCUUCCAGGUGACAGCAUAUGCAGAAAACAGCUUGGGCUCUGACACUGCUGUCCUCUUUUUGCAUGUGGUCUGUCCAGUGGAGCACGUCCAUCUGAGUGUUCCUUUUGUUGCUAUCAGGAAUAAAGAUAUCAACAUUACUGCAGUAGUUUGGCCCAGUCAAGCAGGCACACUUACCUACUUCUGGUGGUUUGGUAACAGCACCAAGCCCCUCAUCACCCUGGAGAGCAGCAUCUCCUACAUCUUCAGCGAGGAGGGGAUGAACACUGUCACUGUGCAGGUUGCUGCAGGCAACACCCUCAUCCAAGACACCAAGGAGAUCGCAGUACAUGAGUAUUUUCAAUCUCAACUCCUCUCAUUUUCUCCUAACUUGGACUACCACAAUCCUGACAUCCCUGAGUGGAGACAAGAUAUUGGCAAAGUCAUCAGGAGAGCUUUAGCACAGGUGACUGGUAUUCCUGAUGAACAAAUCUUGGUAGCCGUAUUUCCUGGAUUGCCUACUUCUGCUGAGCUCUUUGUGCUACCCUGCAAAAACAUUACAGAGAGAAGGAAAAGCAGUGAAGCUGAUCUGGAACAGGUUGUUGAAAUCCUUUUUAAUGCUCUCAAUCAGAACCUGGUCCAGUUUGAACUGAAACCUGGUGUUGAAGUCAUUGUGUAUGUCACUCAGUUAACAUUAGCACCCCUUGUUGAUUCCAGCACAGGUCACAGCAGUUCGGCGAUGCUGAUGUUGUUGUCUGUGGUGUUUGUGGGCUUGGCUGUUUUUUUAAUCUACAAGUUCAAGAGGAAAAUCCCUUGGAUUAAUAUCUAUGCCCAAGUUCAGCAUGACAAGGAGCAGGAAAUGAUUGGUUCUGUCAGCCAAAGUGAAAAUGCACCCAAAAUCACUCUGAGUGAUUUCACAGAUCCUGAAGAGCUGAUGGACAAAGAGCUGGACACACGAGUGAUGGGAAGCAUCUCAACUAUUGCCAACAGUGAAAGCACAAAGGAAAUCCCCAACUGCACUAGUGUUUAAUACUGAG